AUGACCGCCGUUCAUCCCCCGACAUACCUCACAGAACUUGAGUUCUUUGAAGGAAAACGAAGAUGCAGGAAAAACGCGGUUCCUUCGUCGCCGUCGUCCUCGACAACCUCGGCGAGUUUCGAAUGGAAAGUUAUAGCAGCCCCGACAACAGAACACAACGCAAGCAGCCCGAUUAGGUCCUCAAUUCCUCCUCCAUCGUCGUCGCCAGCAACAUCGAGUCGCUCUACACCGUCAUCGUGUCCGUCAAGCCCGCCGAAGAAGAGAAAAUCGCUGCAACCGCCAGAACCAGAAGCGGUCCUCGUGGACCCGGAGCCUGCUGCACGCGAGCCCAAACGUCAGCGGACCGCGUCGUCCAGUAAAGGAAAGACAAAGCGACGAAAGGGUCCUGGAUGGUCCAAGCCCUUUGUCCCGCCAGCGCCCUCGAGCCGGCCCCGCAGCCUCGCGCCGUCCAUCUACCGCAACAGCCGGUCGCGUUCCACCUCCGCAUUCCCUUCAUCAGACUCGGAAACACCCAUAUUCAAACGACAAUGGAGAACAGACGAAAGUGGCGAUCCAGGCAGCAAUCAUCUGAGCUCAGAGGACGUUGUAAAAAAACUAAUGAAAUCCUAUAAAGCAUAUUUCCGAAAUCACGAUAAUCCUGAUGAUACCUCGUUUGAACCUGAGAACCUUCCUUUGGUUGAAUUGGAGUAUCCGAAUGCCCAUGCUGUUGAACGAUUCCUGUUACUGGCACCCAAGGACAAGGACCAUUACAACCCCGUAUACGACCUUGAGAGCACAUUGUGCACCAUGAUAGAAUUCUAUUGUACCAAGGAACAACAAGCCAGGUUUGGCCCCAACCCCAAUGACUGGCGUUCAGAAGGCCUAUCCCCACCACCCUCCCGCUCGCCAUCACCUUCCCCCUCUACAUCUUCCUCUCGCAAUCCAUUAUUCAGACCCAGAACCACACGUUCGACCCUACCCAUCAUCCGUGCCUUCAAACGCGCAAUACAUCGACACGACGGACCUGCUUUCAUGGAGGCAAUGGCCGACGUCAAUAUGCUCCUUCGCGAGCUCAAAUACCCUUAUCUAGAAGACAUAAUGUCGCCACAACUCGGCAACGGCCUAAUGGCAGCACCUACAGCAUGGACAGAAACCGGUCUCCCUAAAGGUGUCCUAAUGCGGCUAAUAGAGGAAAACUACCAACGCACUGUGGGCCCCAAUGUCCGCAAACUGAAACGCUACGAGGCUUUCUCAAGUACGGUCUAUGGCGAAUUGAUGCCUAAUCUUGUCUACGAAAUUCUCAAAAUUACGAAUCUGAACGAGAAUUCGUUGUUCCUGGACCUAGGAAGUGGAGUUGGCAACGUAGUGGUACAGGCGAGUUUGCAGACGGGGUGCAGGAGCUUUGGUAUCGAGCUGAUGCCUGAGCCUGCGAGGGUCGCGGAGGAUGUGGUAGAACAGAUGAGGAUACGUGCGAGGAUGUGGGGUUUGAGGAUGGGGGAGGUUGAGUUGGAGAAGGGGGAUAUGUUGAAGAGCAAGAGAGUGGAUGAGCUGAUGCCUCAAGCAGAUGUUGUGUUGGUGGACAAUAAGGUCUUUGAAGAAAGCCUCAAUGAAGCCUUGAAACCAAAGUUCCUGGACCUAAAGGAAGGCGCGAUUGUUGUCUCUCUUGCGCCUUUCGUGAGCUCGUUGAAUGCUCGUGUGACUGAGCGGAAUGUCGACGACAUCACCGCGAUAUUCGACGUCACCGAGCGCGAGUACUCGUCAGGAAGCGUCUCAUGGGGCAACAGUGGGGGCAGCUAUUACAUCCACCGGGUCGACCGAACGGGGUACGCAAAGAUUAGGGAGCAGUUUGAGAAUGCGAGAGCGCAGAUGCGGCCUUUGCGGCGACGGGCGUGA